AUGCCAAGCCGGCUCGCCUCUCGACGAGAGGCCAAGGCCAUGGUCCGCCUAUCGACGCUCCUACUCGCGGCGCUGGCGCUGCCGCAGUCGUCUUUCGCGGCCGAUCGCCACUCCGCAGCGCCGCGGCUGACUCGAGGCCGCAGAGGCAGCGCACCCGAGACUUCGCGCCCGCUGCUGGCGGCGACGACGCCAAAGCCCGUUGGCAGCAGCGUCACCAUGACAGUCGUUCAGAUUGUCAACAACGUCGCGGGCGCCGGCAUCCUGACCCUCGCCGCGGGUAUGGCUGCGGGCGUCGGGUGGGUGCCGGCGAUCGCCAUCUGCGUGGCGCUCGGCGCCAUCUCGGGCUACACCUUCUACCUCAUCGGCGCCUCGUGCGUUGCCAUCCUCUACACCGCCGCGUUUGUCGCGGUGCGCGCCCUCGACGGCGCCUACACCGCCCCAUCGGAGCUCCUCGCGUCGCUUGCGCCGGAGCGCGCGCCGUCGUUCGUUCUCUCCUCGCUCACGCGCCUCGACAGCAACGCGCUGGCCCGUUCCCCGGCCAAGUUUGCGCGCGCCGUCGCCAUCGCCUUUGGCGUGCUCACCGUCCUCUACACGGCGAUGAUGGGCUUCGGCUACGCAACGUUUGGCGACCACGCCGCCUCGCGCGCCUUCCGCAGCCUGGCGGCCGACGCGUCGCGCGUGCCGCUGAUCGUGGCGCUGCUGGCCGUCAUUACUGCGGUGGCGUGCGCCGUCGAGGACAGCGGCGGGUGCGUCGGUGGGUGCGUCCUUCCAGCGGUCGGCGCCGCCAUCGUCUACUGCUUCCCGCCCCUCAUCUACGGGCGCGCGCGCGGCGCGUCGACGCCGCAGGCCGUGUACGGCCUUAUCCCGCUCGGCGCCUUUCUGGGUGUGCUUGGCACCUACGUCACGCUGCGCGGGUGA